AAUUCAUUCACAUGGUACAUCAACAAUAUCAAAAUAAUAAUCAACUAUUCAGGAAGUAAAUAUAUUCAAAAAAAAUACCACAAAUAUUAUUUAUCAUAUGAAAAAUAUCAUAAAUCAUUGAAUAUAAAGGUCAAUCAUAUUGAAGUCAUCAUCAAUAAUAAAAACAUAUUUAAAAAACAAGAAAUUUCGAAGUCAACUCUCGAGAGGUGCUGACAUCUUUACAUAUGUAGAAAAUUUCCUUGUCGAAACUCGAAACGAAAAAAAAAAAAAAAAAUAACAAACCCAAACACAACACAGUUGUUGUUGAUAGUCGUGGUGGGGAUAUGACUGUUUUAUUGAUGGUGUUCAUGAGGGGAAUGAAGAGAGAGUAACAGGAAUCAUCAAGAUUCAAGAUCUUGUUUCCACGGUACAGAGCACCACAAACCACCAACACCCAACAUUUAUUAAUAUUGAUAUUAUUUUAACAUACAGUUGCUUAAUUAUUUAUUUAUUUAAUAAACAAUAUUUAAUAUACAUUGGCAGGUAUUAAUAUAUUGUUAUUAAUAUUAUAUUGUUUCAAUAUAAAACAUUUGAAGGUAAAAAAUAUAUCAACGGUCCAGUUGUUGUGAGCUGCUGUUCCCACUCACUCUCUCUGUAUUUGGCCAUCAACAGCCUUCAUUUUAUUUAUUUAUUUAUUUAUUUAUUUGGCCUUUAACAAUUCAAGUGAUAUUCAAUUAAAAGUGUUAAAAAAUAUAUAAACCUGUGUUGUUAAUUAAAAAAAAAUAUAUAAUUAUAUUUUUUUAAUUUUUAAAAUUGUUUUUAACUGAUAAAUCAAUUUUUUGUGUUUUUAAAUAAGUUUGGAGUAAACAAAUUUUUUUAAGUGAAAAAGUGAAUUUAUUUAUAUAAAAUUUAAAAUAUUAAAAUUAUUUAUUUAAUUAACGUGAUAAACAUCAAAUGGAUUAUGAAAAAAAAUUUCAACAACAUGACAAUGAAAGCAAAAAUAUGUGUCUAGAGUAAAAAGGUGAUGUUGAAUAUUUUAAUAAAACGAGGAGGAUAGAAAGGUGAGCUUGGUAAUGGGUGCUGGUAUGGGAAGAUCAGGUACUGGUGGUGGUAUACUUGAAUCAUUACCAACUGGUACACCACAACAUAUUGCAAUGCUUGGUCUUGAUAGUGCUGGUAAAACAACAGCAUUAUAUAGAUUAAAAUUUGAUCAAUAUCUUAAUACAGUACCGACAAUUGGUUUUAAUUGUGAAAGAGUACGUGGUGGUAUUGGAAAAGCUAAAGGAGUUAAUUUUCUUGUUUGGGAUGUUGGUGGACAAGAAAAAUUACGUCCAUUAUGGAAAUCUUAUACAAGAUGUACUGAUGGUAUAAUAUUUGUUGUUGAUUCUUGUGAUACUGAAAGACUUGAAGAAGCUAAAAUGGAACUUACAAGAACAGCAAGAAGUCCAGAUAAUGCUGGUGUACCAAUUUUAAUACUUGCUAAUAAACAAGAUUUACCUGGUGCCAAAGAAGUUUGUGAAUUAGAAAAACAUCUUGGUGUUUUGGAAAUAACAGGACCACCUGGUACAUCAUGUAUUAAAGUUCAACCAGCAUGCGCAAUAACUGGUGAGGGAUUACAUGAAGGUCUUGAUACACUUUAUCAACUUAUUCAAAAACGUAAAAAACUUGCUAAAUUAAAUAGAAAAAGAGCAAGAUAGGCCCGCGCAUCUGAGGAUUGUACAUGCGUUUUUUGAUACUGUCCUCAAGAUAAUAAUAAUUUACUCGAUGAAUAAUUUAAUAAAUUAUUUCGAGUAUAUGCUGAUUAAGAAAUAGUAAAACCUUUUUUUUUUUUUUCGUCAAAGAUACAUGUCUUUUUAUUGAUUGAGUAUUUAAAAAUAUAAUUAAAUAAUCAUAAUGUGAAACGUUACAACGACUUUUUAAAAUACAAUUAAACAAACCGACCUCAAAGUCAAAUACAAAUACAUAAAGUUAUAUUAGCUUCCUAGUAGAUUUUAACGAAUAUAAAAAAAUAAGAAAAAAAAAAGAAUUUUUAUGUCAUAAACAUUGGAGACUGUAUUUAACAAAAAGAAAAAAAAACUAAAAAUGUGUUUAUGACUGAUGAUGUUAUAAGCAAUUGCUUCAUCAUUUUAUACUGAUAUUUAAUCGUGCCUCUCAAUCAGUUUAUUUAUUAGUUAAAUAAAAAAAUUAAACGAAAAAUUAUUUAACAAUUGAAAAAGUAAAAUUUAUAAAAUCGUAAUUGCAGUUAGCUUUUUUAUUAUUUAAUUAUUUUUUUUUUUUUUUAUUAUGUUUCUCAUGAAUAUAAUAAUUAUAUAUUGUCUAUGAAAAUUAUCACGCCGACCAUGUGAAGAUAAUCUUUAGAAUAUAAUAAUUGUUUUUUGGUAUACAAUCGAACAUAAGAUUAUUAAUGAAGAAACAAAUUUACAAUUCCCAUAAGUAAAAUUUUUCACACGUCGAUUUUAAAAAUUCAUAAUUUGAAUUAUAUUUUCUUUUUUGAAAUUAAUGGUUUAUAUUAAACUAAUGACAGUCUGUUAAACAUCAAUGCUGGUAAUUGAUGAACAGGUAUUUGUUGUAGAAAAAAAAUUUUAACGAAAAAAAAAAAAGCAACAAAAAAAUAUUGAAACAUAUCUUUGGUCGUUGAAAUUUAUUCUGUUUAUUUUCAACAAUAAUUUGAUAAUGAAUAAUUAAAUUUCCGGUGCUUAUUAUUUUUUUAAUUCUGCUCACUUUCUUUUUUUUUCUUUUUUUUUUUUGUUUAUCAUUUAUCACGGUUGGUUGAUAUCCAUCCUGUUUAUACAAAAAAAAAAAAAGAAAAAAAAAUACGUCAGCCUUGUUGAAUAACACACAAUAGAGGAUGAUACUAGUCUACUUGAAUAUUUAAGUUUAUUUUUUUUUUUUAAUUUUACAAUUUUAGAAAUAAUAAAAACCAGAAUGAAUGGACAAGUUUGUAAAUAAUAAAUGUGCAGCUCUGUAUAACUGUAAAUGUUACCCAAACAUAUGUAAAAUGAUAAUUAAAUAAUAGAGUUAUGCUCAAAAUACGGGUGAAUAUUAUUUAUUAAAAAAAUAAAAUUUAAAAUAAUACAGGGC